AUGAAGGACAGUUCUCUUUUUCACAUGAUCCUCCAGUGCAAUGACAUGGGCAGCUCUAGCCUGGGUCACUCUGAGCCUCUGUCUGCUGGCAAGCCAAAGCCUGCACUGACCCGGGAGCCUGCAGAAGAGAUAUCUGAAGGAGACACGGUCACCCUGAGCUGUGUGGUUGAGGGGGGCUCUGGAGGCUGGAGAUAUCUCUGGUACAAAGACAGGCAGGGAGCUCCAGUGUACCAGACUGACAGCAGCCGUGGAACUGGAGGCGGAUACACAAUCAGUGCUGCUGCUCUGCCCCACAGUGGAGAGUACUGGUGUCGAGCUGGACGGGGCAGGAACACGUCUUACUCACAAUACAGUGAAGGUGUGAAGAUACAAGUAUCAGAGCUGUUCAGCACACCCACUCUGACAGUGCUACUUGGUGCCUCAGUGUGGGAGGGAGAGGCUGUGACUCUGCAGUGUGGGGCUCACAUAAAUAAACAGGGCACACAACUGCAGUACCGCUAUAGCAAAGACAAUGGGACUGUGAGAGGAGCGGGAUCACAGGAUCAGCACUCAAUCCCAGCGGCAGGGCUGAGAGAUACAGGGAGAUACCAGUGUGAGGUGGAGGCAGCAGGGACGGGGCUGAAGAAAAGGAGUGCUUCUGUGUCACUGACUGUGAGAGCUCUGUUCUCCAGGGUGACUCUGACAGCAUCUCCAGGAGCCACAAUGAAGGAGGGAGAGGCUCUUAACCUGACCUGUGAGGCAGCAGUGAACAAAACCCCCCGCCCUGAACUCCACUACACCAUUGUGAGAGACGGGGAGCCUGUGACUAACAGCACUGACUCUGCACUGUACAGCAUAGCCAGCACUGAGAAGAGCCACACUGGGAGCUACACGUGUGCUGUGGAGUCACAGGGAGUGGAGAAGAGCAGCCAGGAGCUACACAUUGAACUGCAAACGUCCUGGCACAGCGCUGCUGCUGCUGCUGGCUUCAGUGUCGGCUUCUUUGUGAUUCUUCUCAUUGUGUUCACUCUGCUUCUCCUCUAUCACAAGAUCAGAGGUGAGGCUCCAGUGUUUUAUUACAUGUUUCACUUGUCCUGUCACAGCUCAUACUCUGGCUUCUUCCUUCAUCCUCUAGUGAAAAAUAACUACCAUCAUAUUUUGAAAAGGCUGUUUUUAAAGAUAAUGCAUUUUAAAAAUAAACAUUUUCUAAUUGUAUAUGCACAGCUAAUAAUCCCAUGA